CGAUUGCACAAAGUUGGUAAGAGAAACUUGUUGUUUCAACCGGAGAGAACUGACUGAAAAACAACCUCCAGCACAACUCAGAGAGAUGGAGCAAACCGAGGUGGUGAAGCCAGAAACUCUGGAUGACCUGAUAAAGAUCCUGCAUAAAAUCUUCGACAGUGAUAGAGUCAAUGUUGAGGAGGUCCAAAAUAUAAUGGAGUCAUAUGAGAGCAAGCCUCAGGAAUGGAUGAAAUUUGCAAAGUUCGACCAGUACAGGUACACAAGGAACUUGGUUGAUGAGGGCAAUGGGAAGUUCAAUCUCAUUAUUCUGUGCUGGGGAGAAGGCCACGGCAGUAGCAUCCACGACCACACAAACUCCCAUUGUUUCAUGAAGCUGCUGCAGGGUCAGCUGAAGGAGACGCUGUUUGACUGGCCGAACACUAAAUCACAGGGAGAUAUGGUCCAGAAGUCACAGAGAAUUCUCCAGGAAAACAAGGUUGCCUACAUAAAUGACUCCAUUGGUCUGCAUCGUGUGGAAAAUGUCAGCCACACAGAGGGCGCAGUCAGUUUGCAUCUGUACAGUCCCCCUUUCCAGACCUGCCAGACCUUUGACCAGCGGACAGGGCACAGGAACAACGUCCAGAUGACCUUCUGGAGCAAAUACGGAGAGAGAACUAAAUAUGAGUCAACAGUUUCACAAGAGAACAACUAAUGGUCACCAAAGAGGCUCCGGAUGAUCAAGACAGAUGCAUUUAAAAUGACAAUGUUGUGAAAAUGAUUCAAGGGAAACUGCUGGGGAAGCGAAAUGUGGACCUACUAUGACUAAGCAACCCAUUUAAAAAUCAGGAGCGGGCCAGUUCAAAAGGACAACCCAGUAAUUAGAAUGGCUUUAUCGCUGCCCAGUGUGAGCUUGGCAAAUACUGAUGAGCACAGGCAGAUACAUGAAUAGGCUUGGACAUGGAUUGAAUCUGCUUUUUGUUUGCUGGGCCUGAGGAGACCCUUUUCCAAUAACAACAUUCCUGUCCAUCCACGACCUGUGCAACCACACUUUUGUAAAGUUAUGGCCCAUAGUCAAAGAGUAGAGCUUUAGCAUUUGAAAAAGGGGGGAAAUAUUGCUGUUAUAGUUUUUAUCUUAAAUUUUAUAUCUCAACAGUUAUGCAAUCAACAGUUUUGUUAUCAAUGGAGCACUUUCAUAGCUGUAUUUACUGCCGAUUUAUACCACUCAAAAUUGUCUUAACACCUGUUGAAAUUUGUGAUGAAAUGUAACAUUGUAUGAUCUAGUCAAAAAAAGUUUGUUCCAUUUUCAUUUGGAAAAACAAGUGUAAAGCUUUAGAGUUGUGUUGUUUUUAAAAGUGCGAUGGUUGUAAUUUAUUUGCAGGUUAUUCUGUUUGAACUAGCAAGCGACCAUGUUACUCCGAAAUGUAUUCAUACUCAAGUUUUGACCAAGAGAGUGUUGUGGAGGAACUAUUUUGUACUAUUAGCAGACAAUGUUUAGAUAAAGCUCAAACUUUUUCUCAGGAUUUUAACAUAUUUUAAUUGUAGCUGUAUUUAUAUAGUGUGUAGUUUUUACAGCAUAGCACCUCUCAUAGCAUUGUCAAAUGCAUGCAUGAUUUCUGUGAUGCAGUAAAUGAUAAAUCUGGCUAUAACUGUAGACCAUUAAACUUUAUUACCCUUUCACAGAA